AUGGAUGCCCUUACAAAAAUUGUAGCAACAGGAGAGAGAGCAAUAUCUGAAUUGAAUAAAUAAUCAUUAACAUAAUGGAAUGCGACUACUACUAGUACAAUUAAAUAUGUAUGGAAUUGAAUAUUUAGUAAAGAUAAUAGAACGGUUGAGUUUGUGUUUUGAUGAGAUCAAUUUUCAUUUAUAGAAGAAAGGCUUAAAUGAAGAGGCCAAUGUAAUCUCAAAGUUAUACAAUCAUUUUAAUGUAUUGUUCCAAAAAGUUGAAGAGAUUAAUCAACGAAAACAUUAAAAUCCUCCAGAAUUACCUUUGGAGUAUUGUUAAAGAUCAUUCUCAACAAAUGCUAGUACAAAAACUAUAUUUGGUGGAGCAGAGAUCUAAAGUUUUAGUAUAUUUUCUGCUUAGAAAUCUAAAUUCGUAUCUGCAGAAUAAGAAUUCAGAAGUAAUAAGCCAAAAUUUAAGAAGAAUGUAUUAUCUAAGGGAACAGACACUGGGGAAGAUGCAAUGCGUUAUUUAAAUAUAGAAUAUUUGGGUGAAAAAGAGAGGGAAUUGUAAAGAGCUAAAGAGGAAAAUGAAAUGAAUCUUAGAGAAAUAGAAAAGUUUCUUAAACUUAAAGGAUUAUGGAGUGAAAUACAUGCUAGCAAUGCUCCUUAUAAAUUAUAAGAUCUUGGUAAAACUUUAGAAAGAGAACUUUAACGAAAUGAAAUGUUUAUUAAUGAAUAAAUAAGAAUUGCUAAUUAAGAACCUGACUUUCCAUCUAGAGAUAUGAAAUAAGAAAUAAAAGAUAGAGUUGUUGUUGGAGUUCAAAAAUCAACUGCAGAUAGGAUAUUAAAGUAUGCUGAAAGAAAAAUGAAAGAAGAAUUUGAGAAAUUUUAAUUGAAGAAGAAUGGAGGAUUAUAAAUGCAUAAGAGAAAAUCAUAAAAUAUGUAAAGAAUUGAUGAAUUAGAACAUUUAAUUAAUACUAAAAAUGAAGAAAUUUUGGAAAAAGAAUCAAAAAUGUCUGCUUUGUAUUCUAAAUUUGAAGAUUAGGAGAGAAAAUUAAUAAAUUUAAUGAUAUAAAUGGAAUAAAUAAAAGCUAAUGAAAAAAAUAAUAAUACAUUUACUAGUAGUUAAGCAAAUGAGAAGUAGAGUCAUAUUGAAAUUUAAGUAAGUUUGAGUGAUCCUAAGAUAUUUAAAUUAGAAUUAUAAUUGAAAGAAAUUGUUGAAGAGAAUUAGAAUAUGAAAGGAGAAUUAUAAACACUAUAUGAAUAAGCUAAAAAUGAUAAAUAGAAAGUUUUAUUAAAACCUUAAUUAAUUGAAGAAGUUUUAAUGAUGAUUAUUUAAAGUGAAUUAUAAGCAGAAGGUAAAAUAGAAUUAUUAUAAACUUUUUUGUAAUAUUUGAUUGAAAAUUCAGAGAAUGAUAUUGCAAAAAUGCCACCAAAUGAAUUAUAUAAAACAGUUAGAUAAAAAAUGCAAUAUAAUAAUAAUUCUAAUAGAAAUUUAGAGGAAGUUUUAGAAAAAUUUGAAGAAAUGUAAAGUGAUGAUGAAGAUUUUUCUCCAAGUUCAAUAAAAAAGACUAAAAAGAAUAAAAAUAAAUAAUAAAAAUCUAAAAAAAUAAUAUUAGAAAGAGCUGAUUCUUAAAUAGAUUAAUAAUCAUUUUCACCAGAAAAAUCAGAAAAAUUUAUUGGAAUUAAAAAAUCAAAAAAUAAAUUUGAAGAUUAAUCAAAUGAAAAUUCUGAAUCUUAGAUUAUUCUAAAUAAUAAUAAUAAUACUAAUAAUAAUAUUAAUAAUAAUAAUGAUAGUAAUUAUUCUAUUAGUAUGUUUAAGAAAAAACCUUUAAAUAAAAUUAGUGAAGAAAAUAGUAUCAUAUAAAAGAAUUCACCAAGAAAAUAAGAUGUAAAUAGUCCAUCAUCUGGAAAUAGAAAUAUCUUAAAUAAUACUUCUACAUUUAAAUAAAAUUAAUCUGAUUCAAAAUUCAAUAAAAAUAUUAUUAAUUCUUCUUUUAAUUAAAAUUCAUUAUAAUCUUAAUAAUAAUAAAAUAAUCAAUAAUAAUAACAAUAAUAAAUUCAAUUAUAAUAACCUAAAGAGUCAAGUAGAUUCAGAACAGAAUAAUAAAAAUAAUUAUCAUCAGGUAGAUAAUAAGCUAAUAAAAGUAGAGGAUAAAUUGAUUCAAGUAAUCAAAAAUCUGUUAUUUAAUCUAAUCAAACACCUUAAUUUAUUAAUAAGACAUUAAGAUAAAUAAAGUAGAGACAUUCUAUUAAAGAUGAACAUGGAGAAGUAGAUUAUGAUGAAAUUGAUGAUGAAGUAGCAAAUAGAGGAGUAUAAGUUAAUUUUGGAAGUCUAUAUUUAAAAGCUUCAAUAAUAAAUUCAUAAGAAGAUAAUUCUAAUAUGAUGGGUUCUUAAAUUGGACUCUAAACACCUUAGAUGAGAUAAAGUUAUAGAUAAUUAGAAGAAAAGGUUACUGCCAAAUUUACUCAAACUGAUGAUUUUUUUAUGUGGAAUCUAUUUUAAAAAAUGUAAGUUGAUCUUGGAUUAACAGAAGAAUAAAUAAAAAAAUUGGAAUAAAUAUUUUUGAAUGAAUAAUAAUUUAUACACUAUUAUGAAAAGACUCCAUCUUAAAGAUAAAAAUCAAGAGCAUCUACUGUUUUAGCUGAUUAAACAACAAAAGUAAAAUAAGAGAAAUUUAUUGAUAAUACUAUUAAUGAUAGUAAGAUGACAACUAUGGUUUAAUAAAAAAAUGAAACAACAGAUUCAGAAUAAUAAAUAAGAAGACCUACAAUAUCUAUAAUGAAAACAACUUAACCUCCAAAAGGAUUAGAAUCUCCUAUGAAUUUAGUUGGAAGAUAAAAAAGUUAAGUAUUGCUAUCUUAUACAAAUGAAAGUAGCAUCAUAUAACCUAAUUAAGGUAGAAGUAUAAGUUAAACAUCAGAUGUUCAUAUUGUAAAUUAUGGAAGUGUUAGUACAGAUACAAUUGCUAAAAAAUAAAGAUAAACAACUAGUCAAAAGAUUUUAGAAGAUAUGCUCAAAAAUAAAACUGGUUUAACAUCACCAUUUGAUAUUGAAACAAAAGAAUAAAAAGAAUAAAAAAUGUAUUUUCAUGUAUUUGGAGAUGAAAUGUAAACAGAUGCUGAUUUUGAAUUAGAAGCAGUAAGAGCAAAUUUAGGAAAACCUUUAGAAGUAAUACAAGAUCAUUUAAAGGAAGAUGCAAUGAAAAAAAUAUAUUAAUAAUUCGUAAAUCGUCCAAAGAAUCCUUGGUAAGAUUAAUUAUAUAUGAUUAUAUCUCAAUUUGCAAAUAAACCACCAUAAUCUAUUAAUUAUAUAGAUUUCAAAAAAUAUUAUGAAAAUUACAUGAGAGUAUUAUAAAUAUAAUAUAAUUUUUAGGUACAUAAAAGAUGUGGUGAUGGAUGUAUUCACAUAUAAAGAUUUUUGGCUAGAAUUGGAUUUGGAAUAAAUUCAAAGAGAAAAGCAUUAAAUAUGAGCAAAUAAAGUGUUUCUCCAUUUGAAUUGCCUAAACUAAAAUGAAUGUUUUGAUAUG